AAGUUCAAACAAUGAAAACAAGACCUUAAUAAUUUAGACAAAUAUCCUACAGUUAUAGUCAACUGUCCUAUAAUUAUUCAAUUAUAAAAUCCUCUUUAUACUGCAACUUUCCUAAAGUACCCUUUUUCCCUUCUUUUGAAAAACAACCACCAAAAAAAAAAGUGAAUUACUGUAUUUGCAUCCCAGCUGUUUGAAACUUUGAAAGGUAUGCAUAUCCAAAAAUUACACAAACAUGACACAAUAUAAUCAUGUGGACCCAACCUUUCAAAUGUGGGCCCAUAUAAAAAAAUACACCCCUUUUAUCAGUAUUUAUAAAAUUUACCCAAUUUUCUCUCUCCUCCUAAUCUUUAGUGGGGUCGCCAAAAUCCCCAAUUUUUUUUUUUCUAAAACCCUAAUUCUUCCGCCGUUAUUUCCACCGGAAACCACCACUAUGGGUUCCGAGACAACCAUCCUUCAAACUCUCCAAAACUCCGACCAACCUCAAUUCACAUCACAAGAGUCGCAACAACAACAAUCUUUACCUCUUUCUUUCUCUCUCCCUUUUCCUCCGAUGUCAAUCACUUCUUGCUCCUCCAAAUCAACUACCAACAACACUUCUACGACCGCCGCAAAACUCGCGGUUACCCGUCGCAAAAACUCCUCAACCAAAGACCGACACACCAAAGUUAACGGCCGAGGUCGCCGCGUCCGCAUGCCGCCGCUCUGUGCUGCGCGCAUCUUCCAGCUAACACGCGAGCUCGGCCACCGUACCGACGGCCAGACAAUCGAGUGGCUUCUCCGACAAGCGGAGCCGUCGAUCAUUGCUGCUACUGGUACUGGCACGGUUCCUGCUGUUGCUGAUUUUACUUCUCCUGCAAAAUCAUCUUCGACGCCUGCAAUUGCUGCUUUGCCGCUUUCGAUGGAUAAUGGGUGGCAUUUUCCGUCGCAAACGGUGGGGUUGGAGUUUGGGUAUCGGCAUAUUCCGUCGUUUACUGCGUUGUUGCUGCAGCCCGAUGACGGCGAGAUGCGAAUGAGGCAUCAACAUGAGGUGCAAGAGCAAGAGCAAAGGGAAGAACAAGGGGAAGUGAAUGGUAUUGCUAAACAAGAGGUUCAGAAUUAAAGGGUGAUUAAUUAGUAGUAAGUAUAAAUUAAUAGUAAGUAAUGUAAUUUGAGUUUAAUUUUGUAAUUUUUAGGGGUUAGGGUCUGAAUUAGCUUAUCGGAUUGGAUUAGAUUAGAUUUUAGAUUAAAUAUGGUAAAUUUUUUUUAAGUUUAGAAUGGGCAGAGGGUGCUGGGAUGAUAUGUUCAUCCGUGUGUUGUGAAAUAUAACUGUGAAGCCCUAUUUUUGUUGAAUUUUCCGGGGUUUUUUAAGGCAUUUGAACUGCGGUAUGUGAUGUAAAUUUUUGGGGAAGUAUAAAAUCAUAUUUUGGCACCAA